AUGGCUAAUUUCACUCUGAGUGGGUUUCUUCUGAUGGGGUUUUCUGCCAAGCCUGAACUAGAACUUGUCCACGCUUCUCUGUUCUUAAUCUUAUACACGGUGGCAGUAAUUGGCAAUCUCCUCAUUAUCACCGCAACUUCCAUGGACAAUAGUCUCCACUCACCUAUGUAUUUCUUCCUGAAACAUCUCUCCUUCCUGGACCUGUGCUACAUUUCCGUGACUGUACCAAGGUCCAUUUACAACUCUUUCAUGCAUAGUGGCUACAUUUCCAUAGGGGAAUGCAUAGUGCAGGGUUUUGCUUUUGUUCUUUGUAGCUCUGCUGAGCUCUCCAUGCUGACAGUGAUGUCUUACGAUCGCUACGUGGCCAUCUGCCUUCCACUGCGCUACGAAAUCAUCAUGGAUGUCAGCACCUGUGUCCACGGAGUCCUAGGUGUCUGGGUCAGUGGGGUAAUUUCUGGAACCAUGCACACAGCUGCCAUUUUCUCUAUGCACUUCUGUAGUUCCAAGGUUCACCAAUUCUUCUGUGACAUCCCCCAGCUCCUAAAACUCACUUGUUCUAAUGAGUAUAUCAGUGAGGUUGGGGUCAGUGGCUUCUUAGCUAUUGUGGCCUUUCUUUGUGUCACCUUCAUUGGACUGUCUUACACAAAGAUAUUCUCUACUGUGCUGAGGAUGCCUUCUGCUGAGGGCAGAGCUAAGGCCUUUUCUACUUGCCUUCCCCAUCUUGCUGUUGUUUUAUUAUUCAUUUCCACCGGUGUCUUUGAGUUUCUCAAGCCUCCUUCUAACUCUUCUAGUGCACUGGAUAUUUUACUCACUAUUAUGUACACAGUUGUGCCCCCAACACUCAACCCAAUGAUCUACAGCCUGAGAAAUCAAUCCAUAAAGGCAGCUCUAAGAAGGGUUUUCCAAAGAAGAAAAGCUGACCUCUUUUGUUGA